GGCGCAUUUGGACUUUUAUGAAGCCUCCAUCUCUGCCAGUCGCCUCUCGUCCGUUCUCCCUGUCUCACUAUCGGCGCCCGCGCUCUUUCCUACCCACAAUGUCGAGCUUUUCGCGAGUCUUGCAGCGCACCGCGCGCUCCGCCCUCCAGUACAACCGCAGCGCCAAUCCCGUCCAGAAUGCCCUCGGCGCGCAGGGCACUGGCAGGUUCAUGAACGGCGUCAGGAACUACGCGGCCUUUGCCCGUGACAAGCCCCACGUCAACAUCGGCACCAUCGGCCACGUCGACCACGGAAAGACAACCCUCACAGCCGCCAUCACCAAGCGGCAGGCCGAGAAGGGCUUCGCCAAGUUCCUCGAGUACGGCGCCAUCGACAAGGCGCCUGAGGAGCGCAAGCGUGGUAUCACCAUCUCCACCGCCCACAUCGAGUACCAGACCGAGAACCGCCACUAUGCCCACGUCGACUGCCCCGGCCACGCCGAUUACAUCAAGAACAUGAUCACCGGUGCCGCCAACAUGGACGGCGCCAUCAUCGUCGUCGCCGCCUCGGACGGCCAGAUGCCCCAGACCCGCGAGCACUUGCUCCUCGCCCGUCAGGUCGGUGUCCAGAAGAUUGUCGUCUUCGUCAACAAGGUCGAUGCCGUCGACGACCCCGAGAUGCUGGAGCUCGUCGAGAUGGAGAUGCGUGAGCUCCUUUCCAGCUACGGCUUCGAGGGUGACGACACCCCCAUCAUCAUGGGUUCCGCGCUGUGCUCGCUCGAAGGCCGCAAGCCCGAGAUUGGUGAGACCAAGAUCGACGAGCUCCUCGAGGCCGUCGACUCCUGGAUCCCUACCCCCGCCCGCGACACCGAGAAGCCCUUCCUCAUGGCCAUCGAGGACGUCUUCUCCAUCGCCGGCCGUGGCACCGUCGUCUCUGGCCGCGUCGAGCGCGGCAUCCUGAAGAGGGACCAGGAAGUCGAGCUCGUCGGCAAGGGCAGCUCGCCCAUCAAGACAAAGGUCACCGACAUCGAGACCUUCAAGAAGUCCUGCGAGGAGUCGCGUGCUGGUGACAACUCGGGUCUCCUGCUCCGUGGUGUCAAGCGCGAGGACGUCCGCCGCGGCAUGGUCGUCUCCGUCCCCGGCCAGGUCAAGGCCCAGAGGAAGUUUCUCGUCUCCAUGUACGUCCUCAGCAAGGAGGAGGGCGGUCGCCACACGGGAUUCGGCGACAACUACAGGCCGCAGAUGUUCAUCCGCACCGCCGACGAGUCGUGCGCGCUCACGUGGCCCGAGGGCACCGAGGACCCGUCCAAGCUCGUCAUGCCCGGCGACAACGUCGAGAUGGUCUGCGAGCUGCACCAGCCCCACGUCCUCGAGCAGGGCCAGCGCUUCAACAUGCGUGAGGGAGGCCGCACAGUCGCCACUGGUCUUGUGACCCGUGUUCUCGGUUAAGCAUUUGAAAAAUGACCGCAGGGAGCGAGAGACUGAAUGUGAAUGAAGGAGCGAGAGACCGAAAGCAAGGGACCAUACCCAGUGUAAGAUGAGACGGGUUUUCUGUACAUUAUUUGUAACUCGCGCGCGCUCUCCGCUUCGAUGAUAUUAUCAAGCAUGUACUUUAGCACGGCACGGCACGGAUCUAGACGAGGCGUUCGCAUGUUAGCGGAGGUCGGAGGGAAUGGCAUGAUAUGUACAACGCCACGCUUUGCCUUGCAUCUCGCAAUCGAUUACAAUUGAGUGAAUGUGCAGACGGA